UACACAGUCGUUCUUAUCGGUGACUCGGCCGUCGGCAAGUCCAACCUGCUCUCCCGGUUCACCCGCGACGAGUUCUCGCUCGAGUCAAAGUCGACCAUCGGAGUCGAGUUUGCCACCCGUUCCAUCUCGACUGAUGACGGCAAGGUGCUCAAGGCACAGAUCUGGGAUACUGCUGGCCAGGAGCGGUACAGGGCCAUUACCUCGGCCUACUACCGUGGCGCGGUCGGUGCCCUCCUUGUUUACGACAUCUCAAAGUAUGAGACCUUCUCCAAUGUCGAGCGCUGGCUCAAGGAGCUUCGCGACCACGCCGAGAACCACAUCGAGGUCAUGCUGGUCGGCAACAAGUCCGAUUUGCGUCACCUGCGCGUCGUCAUGACAGAGGACGCCGAGGCCUUUGCCCAGGAAAACGGCAUCUCCUUCAUCGAGACCUCUGCUCUCGACGCCUCCAACGUCGAGGAGGCCUUCUCCUCCAUCCUCACCAAGAUUUACGAAAAGGUGUCGCGCAAGUCGAUGAACUCGGACGCUGCCGGCUCGGGCAAGACCAAGCCCAUGGCCAAUAACGCCUCCAAGGUCAUCGUUGUCGACAACGAGAACGACGACGCUGCCCCGGCCAAGAAGAAGAAGUGCUGCUGAUAAUUUCCCCUCCUUCCCCCCCCCCCCUCCCCCUCCCUCUGAUCUCUGUCAUGGCCCCACGUAACAUGCACACGACAAUGAC